GGAGCUAGCUUUACAUGACACCAAUACGGCCUCAGAUGCGGCCAAUACAACCUGGUGGCUCUAGCAGUCGGAAGCAGGCAGGUAGCCAUAGGGUGUGAAGCCUGGGUAUGGCGACCUCAUCCAACGCGAUGGAUUUUGCGGUUGAGGUGAUGCAGGGCUUGGAGACGGAGGAGGUUGAGGCUGUCACGGAGACGAUCAAGGCUGUGACACUGGAAGGCGGCAGUGAAGAAGCCGCGGCUGUGGAGGCCAACCCGCUUCUGAGGAUGAUGGAGGAGAAGGGAGGGCUUGAUCACAUCGCGUGUGGGUCAUGCGGGAAGUUCAAUAGCCACAGGCGCGUGAUCCGUUCUGGGCUGAUUUGUUCAGAGAGCAUGGUUGAUGGCGAGGUCUUCAAGAAGUUCCUCAAGAUCUGUUGCCGGUGCUGGCAGCAAGAGAAGAAGCUGGCAACUGGAACAUGUGAGUUGGAGGAGGCCUGCAAGGAUGUUCUGGAGUUCAACUCAAAGAUGCAGACUGAGCGGUCGGACUGCUACAAGAGAGCCAAGGAGGCGGCGGCCAAGAGCCAGGGCAGUGUGCGGGAACAGAGGAAAUUGCUGAAGCAGUACUGCCAGAGCUUCAUCCAAGCGAUCGUUGCCGCCGACCUGUUUGGUGCGCUAGCAAGCGCAGCUGCCAGGUAUGAGAAAAUCCUUGAGCACCGCAAGAGUUUGGAAGCCAGCCUCAUGGCACUUGAUCCCAACCUGAUGGCAGAGGCCAAGGAACUUUCCCAGAUGAAGGAUUGGUCUUUGAUCUACAGUGUAGACCAAGUUGUGCAGCUCCGCAUGGCAGAUGACCGGUUUGUCAAGCAGGUGAAGCUUGUUGAUGAGAAGAUCAUGGAGCAUGACCUUUUGUAUGAGAACGAGGCCCAGGAGACAGCAUUUGGAGGUGACCGGGGAACGCAAAAGGUGAUGGAGUAUGAGGACAGGAUUGGUGUCACCAAGCAGGGAGAGCCACUCAUGAUGUUGUUCUUCAUGUGUCCUGGCUGUGGCAUCUAUAUGGGCAGUAAGAUGUGGAAGGUGUUCAGGGAGAACCUCAUUUGUGGUCAGCGCUGGUAUUGCGGCAUCAACUGGGCAGAGUUCAAUCGGCAACAUCCAAAGAUGUUUGCGGACCUGCUGACAAGGCAUGGGAGCCAACAGAGAUUGGAGGAGGCGAAUGGGCAUCACUUCUGUGGCCGCAGGCUCAGACGGCAAAUGGUUUUGCAUUCGGCCGAUCUUCCCCCUGAGCCGUUGAUGAUUGAGAUCCAGAAGGUCCAGGAGGCUUUCACAACGGCUUGGCAAGAAUUGUCUUACCAGGAGUUGUACGACAGCAUUCCUCACAUGCAGCCGAAGACCAACAUUCUGCCUCUUUACCAAGUGCCCGGCAUUGGCAAGUAUGAUUUGGAGGCUCAUCGCAAGGCAGCUUCUCCAGUGAUGGAUCAACAGAAGUGGUGCCAAUUGUGCAUUGCGGUGGCUGAGCACAAGCCGGAGCUCUUUAAGGACUUGUUCUUGGUGGCAAAGAACUACAAAGCUCCAGUGUGA